AUGGCCCAGCAUGUCCACCGCAGAUCAGGAAACGCUCGACGCCAGCAAUCCGUCGACUUUCCUCGCUAUCCUCCUAUGAACUCUUCUACACAGACUCAACCCUCUGUUCCUGCCCCUGCUCCCCUUCAAGCUCCGCCUCCACCAAAUAUCCUUUCUUCCGACUACGAGUCAGACUAUCAGGGCUAUCAGUCAGACUACCCGACCAGGCCUCCUCCUCCCGAUCGCACCAAUGAGGAGCUCAAUGUCUCCGUUCUCAAACGCCAUAAUCCUCAGGUCGUCGGCAUCCUUUCAAUCGCCCCUUAUGCCGUGGUCUACGAAUUCACUCCUGCGCCAGAACCUCAAUGGACAAAGACCGGGGUGGAAGGUUCUUUGUUCAUUUGCGAGCUCAUCCCUGGGAGUUAUGGUGAAGACAGAUAUUCCGCAAUUGUCUUGAACAGACGCGGCCUAGACAACUUUGACGCAGAACUGCGAGAAGGGGAAAAUGCCGGUGUUGAAAUCGCCGGGGAAUAUGUCAUUCUUAGUUUCAAGGAGGGCCAUGAGCAGAAGAUAUAUGGCGUCUAUAUUUUCCACGACGGGCCUGGGACUUCCACAGAAAAUGCUCAACUCCACAACGCUGAUCUCAUGAAGAAGCUCGCCGACCAUGCUGGUGCCAGUAGACACUCUGCUGAAGCCGCGGCUGCGGCUGCUCAGGCCCAACACACGAACGGCCACAUGCAAGAAGCUGGAGCUUCAAUCGCAAAUCAAACCGCCAAUGCACCCAGUACAGCCGGUCAAACAAUAGAUCUACAACAGCUUUUCGGACAACAGAGAGCCGCGGACUCUGCCUGGAGUGUUAGAGCGCACGACUAUGCUCAAUCCCAACCUCUCGAGGGGCAAAAUGUGCUGGCAGAUUUGUUUCGAAAAGGCACUGCCUCUGACGCUACUUCUCAGCAACCAGAUGUCUUGGGAGAUCUCUUCCGACGAGCUGGAUUGGGUACGACGUGA